UAUAUAGUGGAAUGUCACGGGAUCACCCUUCUUCCCCAGUUCUUGGGAAUGUACCGGCUUAAUGUCGAUGGAGUUGAAAUAUAUGUGAUUGUUACAAGAAAUGUGUUCAGCCACCGUUUAUCUGUAUAUAGGAAAUACGACUUAAAGGGCUCUACAGUGGCUAGAGAAGCUAGUGACAAAGAAAAGGCCAAAGAACUGCCAACUUUAAAGGACAAUGAUUUCAUUAAUGAGGGCCAAAAGAUUUAUAUCGAUGACAACAACAAAAAGGUAUUCUUGGAAAAACUGAAAAAGGAUGUUGAGUUUCUUGCCCAGUUAAAGCUCAUGGACUACAGCCUCCUGGUGGGAAUUCACGAUGUGGAGAGGGCUGAGCAAGAGGAGGUGGAGUGUGAGGAGAACGAUGGAGAGGAGGAGGGAGAGAGCGACGGCACUCACCCCAUCGGGACCCCACCAGACAGUCCAGGAAAUACGCUGAACAGCUCACCACCCUUGGCUCCGGGCGAGUUCGAUCCAAACAUUGAUGUUUAUGGAAUUAAAUGCCACGAAAACUCACCUAGGAAAGAAGUGUACUUCAUGGCGAUUAUUGACAUUCUUACUCAUUAUGAUGCAAAAAAGAAAGCUGCCCACGCUGCAAAAACUGUUAAACAUGGCGCUGGAGCGGAGAUCUCAACCGUGAACCCAGAACAGUAUUCAAAGCGCUUUUUGGACUUUAUUGGCCACAUCUUGACGUAACCUCCUGCACAGUCUCAGUCGGACAUGAGCGUGGGAAGGACAGAGGUGGCUUCGGUGUAGGAAAAGUGAAAACCAAACUCAAUGAAGCACUCAUCUUGCAGGAAGCAAACCUCCUUGUUUACAUCUUCAGGCUAAGAUGACUGAUUUGGGGGCUACUCGCUUUAACAGCUACCUGAUAUUUCCCAGCAUUGUUCUAGCUAUUUCUGACCCUGUGUGUGUGUGUGUGUGUGUGUGCGUGCACACAUGCACACGCACUCUCGUGCACAUUUUUAAAUAAUUAAUUAAUUAAUUAAAACAUCAGCUUGAAUCAGGAUGUGUUGCAACAAAGACCCUCUGAUUCCAGCUGUGGCGGAGUGAGUGAAUGGAUGGAUGGAGGAGCACACUUGGGGGAGGGGGAAAGAAAAUGCAUGUUAGAGUAACCAUGUUGUCAUCACACAAUAAACUGUAGAUCAGUUUAUUUUUUGAGUUGAAAGAUGUGAGACAGUAGUCAUAAUAAUAAUGAAGAUAAUAAUAAUGAUGAUAAUAAUAAUGAGGAUGAUGAUUAAAAGGAGAAAAAACAAAAACCUACUGCAAAAGUUACACUUGCACCCUGCACGCAGACACUCCUUAAUAGUUGUUCCCUGAGCCUCCAGCCCUAGGCAGAAGAAUGCUGGCGUCUUCGUGUGUACUGGUUUGGGGUUCUGUCCCUGGAGUGUCAGGACCCCCAGUAUCCCAUCUUAACACCUCCUCCACCCCCAAGAAGCUGAUGCCGCAGGACUCUGUCUACAUUUUCACCUCCAUAAUUACAUCCAGGAAAACUGCUUGCUUCUCUUUUCUUGCCUGGAGACUCAUCAUUGUUACGCCCUUCUGUUGCAGUAUAGGAAUUCAUGCUACAAGAUUCUAAACAAAGCUUACCUGGAAGGUGCAUAGCUUGGGGCAAUGGUAGCUACAUCUCCCACUGCAGGAUAAUGAACAGAGUUAGAUCCUCUCUGUUCUCCUGUGGCUGAAUGCAAAUCUGAAUUAUAAGAGGUUUAUGUUUGACCAUUGUUUACACAGUGGUAUUUUGUUGCAAAUUAUCCCUUUAACUGAAACCCUCAGUUUUACUGUUUACAUUAUUAGGAAAACAGGGAUAUUUUUGAAUCUAAAAAUUUAAUAUACAGCAUGUGAUUCUUGAGGUUUACAUGUAAAGUCAUUUUGCAGUGUAGGUAAAGUAAUGUUUGUCAUAUUUUGGGAUGUACCUCAGUCCUGUUGAGUGACUGUUUUAUUCAAAGUACAUGAUAGUCUUUUAUGGGAAAAGGAAAAAGGAUUGUUUUGUUCCUCCAAAUGUACAUUUAUCAACCCAGUGAUUUUUUUAAAGAGAGAUUUAACCCAAAUCUGGUUAUGUAAAUUCAUUGCCCUAAACUGUGCUGACUGUGUUUAAUCAAGUUAAAAAUUUCCAACAUUGAUCAUGUACCUACCAACUUUUCUGCAUUUUCUAAAAGGCGUCAAGUUAAAAAGACUUGCUUAGAGUAGGUUAUCAAAUUAUAUGCUAUGCUAAAGCUGUGCCUUUAAAACUCCUUGUUUAAAACAUAAGAUGGUUUUUGUAAGCAGUUUCAGAAAAGGGAAAAAAAUAUUCACUCUUCAAUAAUUACUUAUAACUCAACAAGUCCUCCUGUGGGGCUGGCUGCCUUUUCCAGUCACUUUACUUCUGGGUUCUCCAGGUUGCAACUGUGCCCAACAUAUGUGAGCUGCCUUCCCAGAUCUUUGGAAACCAGCAGCAGUUACUAUCUACUGACUUUCAUAGUUUGUUUCCCAAUGGUGUUAACUCCACUGUAACAUAGCUGCACAAAUCUGUAUCUUAUGCAUUUAAGUUAAUCCGUGCUAUGAUUUGAUUCCCCACUACCACCACCAUUAAGUCUGGCAUAAAUUCCUUUCUGUGUUCUGAAGUUCUGCUGUGGUUCCUUUGACCUAAGACUUAUAAAUGUGAGACCCUGAAGUAAAGAUAAGGUACAUAUACAUAAUUUGAGUAACUAUUUCCUUUGUGGCCAAUCUGUGUAUGCUUUUAGAAGUUUACAACAUGCUUUAUUUUUGUCUGUAACUGUCUCUGUCAUUCAUUUCAGUUGAUGAGCUGUUAGGACAGAGUGAGGAAAUUUGCCUUGUAUCUCCUAGUGCUAACAAUACACUCCAGUCAUGAGCCGGGCUUUACAAAAUAAAGCACUUUGAUGACUCACAAGGUGGAUCCUUUGUUCCUCUGUCUCAUUGCAUUUGUCUCUUCCACAGACAAAUUGUAAAUACCACUGAGAAUCUACUUAGUCGAUUCAUAAAGAGAUAAAAAGUAAUGUGGCAUUUUUUCAGUUUCUAGAGCCUUGCUUAAAUCUGCAAACUAUUGUA